UACUCCUGUUUUUGUGUACUCCUGUACUUGUGUACUCCUGUACUUGUGUACUCCUGUUCUUGUGUACUCCUGUACUUGUGUACUCCUGUUCUUGUGUACUCCUGUUCUUGUGUGCUUGUGUACUCCUGUACUUGUGUGCUCCUGUACUUGUGUACUCCUGUUCUUGUGUACUCCUGUUCUUGUAUGCUUGUGUACUUGUGUACUCCUGUACUUGUGAACUUGUGUACGUGUGUACUCCUGUCGUACUUCUAUACUGCUUGUAUCCAAGUAUAUGCUUGCAUACUUGGAUAUUGAGAAACGGCCAAGCAGUGAAUCCCAUCUACCCUCCCAACAGCAGGUGGCAGCAGAGCUCCACCCUGUGACAUCAGAGCGCUGAUCGGUGAAGCGAGAAAAAGAGAAAAACGCUGUUGUGUCGUCACUUCCUGUUGCAGUUAAAGAUGGAGUUUGGAGUAAAGAUGAGUCUGUGGGAAGAUGGACCGAGGCCCGGGCAGCUUUAUUCUCUGUUCCCCGGCGGCAGCAGCAGCAGCAGCGGACCAGUCCCCGCCUGUGCUCCGAUCAAACACACACUGACACCGAUGGUGACGGGGACGUCGGUCCUCGGGGUGAAGUUUAGCGGUGGUGUGAUCAUUGCUGCAGACAUGUUGGGCUCGUAUGGUUCUCUGGCUCGCUUUAGGAACAUCUCUCGCCUCAUGAAGGUGAACAACAGCACCAUCCUGGGAGCUUCAGGAGACUACGCUGACUACCAGCACCUGAAACAUGUCAUCGAACAGAUGGUGAUUGAUGAGGAGUUGCUAGGCGACGGUCACAGCUACAGUCCAAAGGCACUGCACUCAUGGUUGACCAGAGUGAUGUAUAACCGCCGCAGCAGAAUGAACCCACUGUGGAACACUGUGGUCAUCGGAGGCUUCUACAACGGAGAGGGUUUCCUUGGGUAUGUGGACAAACUGGGCGUGGCCUAUGAGGCUCCCACAGUGGCCACUGGUUUUGGAGCGUACCUGGCUCAGCCUCUGAUGAGAGAGGUGGUGGAGAACAAGGUGGAGAUCAGCCAGCAGGAGGCGCUGGACCUGGUGGAGCGCUGUCUCAAAGUGCUCUACUACAGAGACGCUCGCUCCUACAACAGGCACGAGAUCGCCAUAGUAACAGAAAAAGGCGUGGAGAUUAUCGGCCCGCUGUCAUCUGAAACCAACUGGGACAUUGCUCGCAUGGUCAGUGGCUUUGAAUGAAGACCAGCUGCAUCCUCUCAUAUUCACUCGUUCACUGUCUGUUUUUGUACAAUGAAAAUAAAACCAAAAAAAUCUC